CCUGCGAGGAAGCAGGGAGGGCCGAGGACUGGAGGGGUGGGGACCCAGGGAGUGGCGGCGGUCCGGAGUCUAGGCGACGGGGCGUGACGGGGCCGGAAGGUGGAGGGAGGGGGCCGGGUCGGAGCCGGCCGGAGGGCCAGGUCCGGAGGCCCCCACCCUGGCGUGCCCGCCCCCUCCGCGGCAGAGGAGGAAGAGGAGGAUGAUCUCCAGAUACACUCGGAAGGCUGUUCCUCAAAGCUUGGAGCUGAAAGGAAUAACAAAACAUGCUAUUAGUCAUCAUCCUCUUCCAGAGCAGCUAGAUGAAAUUUCUUCUACCAAUGAAAGCCAUGAAAAAGACACAAGUUCCCAAAGUGAGUCUGACAUCACACAAGAAUCGCCUUUUACAUCAGCUGACACUGGGAAUUCAAGAUCUGCUUUUCCAAGCUAUACAGGCACAGGGAUCUCUACAGAAGGCAGCUCGGACUUCUCCUGGGGCUAUGGUCCACUGGAUUGUGAGGAAGUUCAGACCAGACCACAUGGAAAAACCCAGGAACUUGAUCAAAAUGCCACUGAAAAAGUUCAGGCAAUGUUCACAGCUAUUGAUGAGCUCUUAUAUGAGCAGAAGUUGAGUGUGCAUACUAAGAGUCUACAAGAAGAGUGCCAACAAUGGACAUGUAGCUUUCCUCACCUCAGGAUUCUGGGUAGGCAGAUAAUCACUCCAAGUGAAGGUUAUGGACUGUAUCCUAGAUCCCCUUCUGUUGUUUCAGCUUCACAGGAGGCAACACUUUCUCAAGAAAGAGAUUCUACUAUAUUUGGUAUUAGGGGAAAGAAGUUACAUUUUUCAUCUUCUUAUGCUCAUAAAGCAUCUUCCAUUGCCAAAUCCCCUAAUUUGUAUUCUAUGGAGAGAGAAGAAGACUGUGUAAUCUUUUCUGAAGGAAUAAUAGAAGAAUACCUAGCCUUUGACCACACUGAUAUGGAAGAGGGGUUUCAAGGAAAGAAAUUACAAGCAGCUCCAGAGAAACAGAAAUUAGGAUACCCUCCCAUUGCUCCAUUUUACUGCAUGAAAGAGGAUGUCCUUGCUUAUGUGUUUGACGACGUAUGGAGCAAGGUUCUGAAUUGUAUGGAGCAGCUGACACGUAGUCAUUGGGAGGGAUUGGCUUCUGAUGAUGAGAGUAACGUUGCAAUCACCAGACCAGCUUCAGAAAGCCCCUGCGUGCUGAGCGAACCACAACCUUUGGUGUUACCUCGAGUGCCACAGUCGAAGGUGCCGUCCAUCACCUCAAAUCCAAUGAAUCUCUGUCAAGCAGCAAGUGGUCAUCAGCCAAACGUGAAUGGUCUCUUGGUUCAUGGGAUGCCUCUACAGCCAAGAAAUCUCUCCCUAAUGGACAAACUACUAGAUCUUGACGACAAGUUACUUAUGAGACCUGGAUCCAGUACCAUCCUUUCAACUCGAAAUUGGCCAAAUCGAGCCCUGGAGCUUAGUACAUCAGCUCUAUCAUACACAGUACAGUCUGCCAGGAGACGCAAUCCCCCACCACGUACCCUUCAUCCCAUCAGCACAAGCCAUUCACGCACUGGAACACCAAGACCUGUGGAAGAAAUACUCAGAGGACCCCGAGUCCCAGUAGCCGCUGACUCGCUCUCUCCCUCACCAAUGCCCCUGAGCCGAAACAAUCUGCUGCCCCCUAUUGGCACAGCUGACGUGGAACACUUGAGCACCGUGGGGCCACAAAGGCAAAUGAAAACCCACGGCGACUCCAGUCGAGCUCGAAGUGCGGUGGUGGAUGAGCCUAACCAUCAGCAGCCCCAGGAGAGGCUCCUUCUACCGGACUUCUUCUCCAGGCCCAACACAACUCAAUCAUUUUUGCCAGAUACACAGUAUCAUCAUUCAUGUGCUGUUGAGUAUCCUCAUCAGGCCCGACCUGGUAGAGGAUCUGCAGUGACAGGUCCUCAGUUACAUGGGUCUACAAAAUCUCAAAACAGAGGUGGACCAGUCUCUAGAAGCAGGCAGGGGCCAUAGGGGAAAUGAGAAGAAACUGCUUCAGGCUGCAGGGAACAACGUGAGAAAAAUUCAUGAAUCAGUGUUCAGUCAUCUUGUGUCACAAAGCUUGUAUACAAGAGACCACUUAAAACCGUCUUCAUGAAGUGUUAAUCUGGUAUAACUGAGAAAAAAAGAGGAUCCGCCAAAAAUUACAUGGGUACUGUUUCUCUCUCCAGUUCCUGUCUUCUUUCAGCCUAAGUUAACCUAUUCCACUGGACUUAAAAUUUGUACCCAAAGAAGUAACAA